UUUUGUUAAAAAUCUAAGCUUAGUGUUCAAUAAAUUGUCGUAACUCAUCACAAUGAGCGCUUGGGAACAAAAUGAAGAAAUACAAAUAUUCCGAGAUUACCUCCGAAUUCCAACUGUCCAACCAGAAAAUGGUUAUGAAUCGUGUGUCGCAUUCAUAAUAAAACAAGCCGAUAGCCUAGGACUUCCCUACAAAGUCUAUCGACCCGGAGGAGCUGAUCAACCAAUAGUUGUUAUCACAUGGCAAGGAACAAAUCCUGAACUUCAGUCAAUAAUGUUAAACUCACACAUGGAUGUUGUAGCAGUGUUUCCAGAAUAUUGGACACAUCCACCUUUUGGUGCCGAAAUAGAUUCCGAGGGUCGAAUUUUCGCUCGAGGUGCACAAGACAUGAAAUGUGUUGGAAUGCAACAUUUAGCUACAAUUCGAGCUUUGAAAAAUGCUGGAAUAAAAUUGAAGAGAACAAUACACAUUACUUUUGUUCCAGACGAAGAAGCUGGUGGAAAACUGGGAAUGUAUAAGUUUGUCCGCACAGAUGAUUUCAAAAAUAUGAAUGUUGGAUUCUCUUUGGAAGAAGGUUGUGCAUCACCAGACGAAGUCUUCCCAGUUUUCUAUGCAGAACGAUGUAUGUGGCGUAUCCACUUGCGUAUAUCUGGAACUACUGGUCAUGGUUCUUUGUUGCAUGAAAACACUGCCGGUUGCAAGCUCAACUAUCUUCUUGAAAAAUUUAUGAGUUUUCGGCAACAAGAAGUGGAUCGUUUAAAAAAUGAUUCAAAUUUGGAAAUUGGAGAUGUCACUUCUAUAAACCUUACCAAAAUAAAUGGAGGAGUCCAAUCCAAUGUUGUACCAUCAUUAAUUGUUGCCGUUUUUGAUGUUCGCGUUUCAUUGGAUGUAGAUCAUGAUGAAUUUGAUAAAAUGAUUCAAACUUGGUGUAAAGAAGCUGGUGGUGGAGUUGAGGUCGUUUAUGAAAUAAAAGAACCUAAAGUUGAAGCUACAAAACUUGAUUCGAGUAAUAUCUUCUGGACUGCAUUCAAAAGUGUUUUUGAUGAACUGGACCUUAAGACCAAGGAGCUUGUUUGUCCUGCAGGAACUGACAGUCGUUACCUAAGAGAACUUGGUAUACCAGCUUUGGGAUUUUCUCCGAUGCAAUUUACAAUACCAACCUUACAUGCACACGAUGAGUACCUUAAAGCUGAAACAUAUUUGAAUGGAAUUGAGAUAUACAAGAAACUUGUUCCAAGACUAGCUAACUCUUAGCUUAGUAAAAUAAAAAUGUAAUACCUACAAUUAUGAAAAAUUCUAAUUAAACAAAA